GUGCAUCGGAAGUGUCUGCGGUGUUUUCUUCGGUUCUCAUCGGUUCUGAAGUCUGUCGGGACGGUACGGUGACGGAGAGCGCAGCUCCGGUUCACGCUCAGCCGGUUCUGACCCGGUUCUGACCCGGCUCCUGCGUUGAGCCAAACUGGCGGCAGUGUCUGUGAGCUGCUCAGGGCUGGUGUUUCAGGAUCCAGCGGCUGGAGGAGCACUCCACAGGUGAACGCACCCUCAGCCGUCGCCGCGGUAACCGUCAGUGAUCUGGUGGCAGCGGGCGGCGCCGUGGCGACCUGCUGCGCUCGUCUCAGACUGAUGGAGAGCGACUGCCGGCUGCCCGGCUCCUGCUGCCGUCCCCGAGUCCUUGUCCUCCACGCGCUGUUCUGGGGACUCGUCUCCCUGCGAGUUUUUGGAGCAGCACUGCUCAGUGAGGAGAAAAUGUCAGUGAAACCUGCUGUCACCCCCUGCUGGCUGCUGGAGGACUUCGUGGUGACGGAGGAGUGCGUCCGCUGCAGCGACUUCAACGCGAAGUCUCAGUUGGCGUGCAAACAGACGGGAUACGUGGAGCGAGUGAACUGCAGCAGGACACACCGAGACGAGUACCGCAGCUGUCGCUCCUCCCUGAUGGAGGAGCAUCUCUUCUGGAAGUUCGAGGCGGCCAUGUUGGCUCUGACGGCUCUGUUCUCCAUCCUGGUCAUCGUCCGGCAGCGCUCUCUGGACCGCCUCGCCUCUGAGAAGGUCCGCCGCCAGAUCGAGUCCAUUUAGAACCGCCUGAGGAUCAGGACCAGGGUCUGGACCCGGUGAAGUUGACUGUGAGCAGAUGUGACCGGUCUGGGUCAUGUGGUCCAGGUUUGGAUCCUUCUUCCUGACUGGGUGAGAUCCCAGCUGCCUGGACUCGGAUUGGCUCCUGCUCUGGACCCUGGACUCUGAUUGGCUCCUGCUCUGGACCCUGGACUCUGAUUGGCUCCUGCUCUGGACCCUGGACUCUGAUUGGCUCCUGCUCUGGAUGCAGAGGAGCAGCAGGAGGCGCUGUCUCUGUUUUUGUGUUAAUAUUAAUAAAAACUUUACUUUGUUUCGCUGCA